AUGCCAACUAUUCUACAUGUGCGCACAAUGCGCCUUUCUUCAGGGAGCUUCAGUAAGCGUAGUUUCUGGAAUUCUGCCAUCCUAUCAGCCAAGGCAUCCGAGAACCCAUACACCAAGACAAUUUUAUUGCCCAAAACCAAGUUUCCCCUGAGAGCAGAAGCAGCCAAACGAGAGCAUUUGUUUAGAGAUCGAUGCACAGAAGAUUUGUAUACUUGGCAGCUGAAAAACAACCCAAAAGAUCUGUUCAUCCUUCAUGAUGGACCACCCUUUGCGAACGGAAAUGUUCAUUCUGGCCAUGCUAUGAACAAGAUUCUCAAAGAUAUCAUCAAUCGUUACAAACUACUCCAGGGCCAUAAGGUCUAUUAUCGACCAGGAUGGGAUUGCCAUGGCCUUCCAAUUGAGAUCAAGGCAUUAGAGCAAAUUCGUAAAAAAGGAAAGGAAGCAACCCUAUCACCCACGGACAUUCGCAAAAUUGCUCGAGAGAAAGCCCUGUUUGAAGUCGACAAACAACGCCAUAGUUUCAAGAGUUGGGGCGUCAUGGGCGACUGGGAAAACCCCUACUUGACACUAUCAAAUGAUUAUGAAAUCCGCCAGUUACGAGUGUUGACAGAUAUGAUCAAGAACGGCCACAUUUACAGACAAUUGAAGCCAGUAUAUUGGUCGCCAUCAUCCAAAUCCGCAUUAGCAGAGUCAGAAUUGGAGUACAGGGAGGACCAUGUAUCGAAAUCAAUUCACGUUCGCUUUUCGUUGAGAGAAUUAGCUCCUGCCCUGAAGAAAAAGUGGGAUUCACACCUCAGAAACCAGAAUUUAUACGCAUUGAUUUGGACCACAACGCCUUGGACCAUUCCAUCCAACAAGGCCAUCUCUGUGCAUCCUGAACUGAAGUAUUCGUUAGUGCAAGUGGCUGAUGGAGACAAGAAGGGAACAUACAUUGUGGGCACGGACCGUGUAGAGGCUUUCAAGCAGGAAAUAAAGGCCGCUGAUGUCACUGAGUUGGAUCAAGUAGUGGGCCAAGAGCUGCUAGGUUCAACAUAUCAACACCCCUUAAAUGGUGCUACUAUGCCAGUCAUCGGCGGUAAUCAUGUUACUGCUGAAUCAGGUACAGGUUUAGUUCACACUGCUCCUGGCCAUGGUAUGGAGGAUUACGAAGCUUGUUUGGAACACAAUAUCGAGAUGAUGAGUCCAGUGGAUGACGCUGGAUGCUUCACAAAGGAAGCCGGCUCUGAGCUUGAGGGCAAGAUGGCAUUCACGGACGGCAAUGAUACUGUCAUUCAUUUGCUUGAAAAGAACGCGGCACUUGUGAUUGCGCAAGACUACACACACAAAUAUCCCUAUGAUUGGCGUACAAAGCAGCCUGUCAUGCUACGUGCUACUGCUCAAUGGUUUGCCAAUGUUGAGCAUCUACAAAAGCAAGCUGUGGAGAAUUUAAAAAAGAUUCGUAUGGUUCCUGAAGUCUCUAUUCGUCGUCUGGAACAGUUUACCUUGUCUCGGAAGGAGUGGUGUAUCUCUCGUCAAAGAUCUUGGGGUGUUCCUAUCCCAGCCUUGUAUGAUCAGGACGGCAAGGCUCUCCUGACCGAAAAUUCGGUGGAAUACAUUAUCAAGAUUCUUCAAGAAAAGGGCACUGAUGCUUGGUGGGAGGAGCAGGACGACAGUAUUUUUGUUGCGCCUGAAUACAGAGAUAAAGGAAAAGUAUACAAGAGAGGCUAUGAUACGAUGGACGUCUGGUUCGAUAGUGGUACCUCCUGGACGAUGCUUCAGAAUAUGCCAGGCAGAGAUCCUCAAAAGCCUGUUGCUGAUGUCUAUCUCGAAGGCAGUGAUCAGCAUCGUGGAUGGUUCCAAUCCUCUCUGUUGACCUCUAUUGCUGUCACUGGUAAAGCACCCUACGGAACGCUUGUUACCCAUGGCUUUGCCCUGGAUGAACGCGGACAGAAGAUGUCUAAAAGUAUUGGUAAUACACUGGAACCCAUCUUGAUCACAGAAGGCGGGAAAGACAAGAAAAAGAACCCUGCCUAUGGUAGUGAUGUGCUUCGUUAUUGGGUUGCCAACUGUGAAUACACAAGAGACGUCAGCAUUGGUCCUUCCAUUAUCUCCCAAAUCUCUGACAAUUUGCGUAAGGUGCGCACUACAGCAAGGUUCUUGCUCGGUAAUCUUCACGAUUUCAAGGAGGAACACUAUGUUGACUAUAGCAAACUGCAACAAGUAGAUAAAUACAUGCUUCAUGAGCUGUACAAAUACAACGAUCGUGUAACAAGUGCAUACAAUGAUUUUGCUUUCAACAGAGCUGUUCAAACCAUCCAGAACUUUACAAACACCACCUUAUCGUCCUUUUAUUUCGACACCAUCAAGGACAGAUUGUAUAACGAAUCUGAAUCAUCAGAUUCUCGUAGAAUGGCACAAACAGUGCUAUACGAAGUGCUGAAAUCAUAUACCACAUCGAUCGCACCUUUCGUGUGCCAUACAGCUGAAGAAAUCUAUGAAAACUACAAGGCAAUCACAGCCAGUUCUGAAUCGUCUGUAUUCAAGGCAGGAUGGCUGAAAUCUGAGGAGCAAUGGUGUAAUGAGGAUUUGAAUGCCAAGUGGUCGACAUUGCUGCAUCUCAAGGGAGAAGUGAAUCAAGUCCUGGAAGCAGCACGCCAAGAAAAACGCAUCCGAACAUCGCAAGAGGCUGAUAUCUCUAUAUACUUGGACAGCAACUCAAAAUUAGGAAAGUUGGUGGAUUCCGUGGAUGCUUCUGAGCUAUCGUCCCUGUUCAUGACAAGUCAGGUGAAUAUAGUGAAUGGACAAUCAGGUUCCAUCCAAGGAGAAUCUGAGAGAGAUGCUGUAGUGGAAGGCGACAAGUGCAAAAUUGUGCUCUCCAAAUCAAAGCAUAGCAAAUGUCCUCGUUGCUGGAACUAUCAUUCCACUCAAGAAGAUAGUCUAUGCUCAAGGUGCUCAAACGUAUUGAGUAAAUAA